ACGAUAUGAUGCUGAUGGUCAGCCGACAGGGUGGCACAGGCCAGCACCGCCCGCGGCCACACCCCUUCUGGAGCUUUCUUGUCACCUGCCCACAAUAGGGCAUGGGUUUCCAUGGGCGUCUCUAGACUACGUCCGUAUUAGUCUGUGCCCACAGCUCAUCCUUAUACGACGCCCAUCUCCCCUUUCCUUCUCCUCUUACCCGCUUUUCCUCUCCCUCUUCCCUCCCUCCCGACCCCGGUCUCCACUUCGAACGCUGCAGACGCUCAAGGAUCUCAUGCCAGCAAAGCAUUGAAGGAAUUCAAGACUUUCGAGUAGAGGAGAACUUGGCCUGCAGUGGACCAAAAUAACCCGUCAACCAUGUUGCGAAUGAACGGGAUCGAAGCUUGGAUAUCCGAUGAAAACAAGAAACCCUUCCCCGUCUACGGUGUGCAGAAGGAUCCUGAGGGUGGAGUGAUUUCGUGCUGGAUACCUUUCGAACCUGGUGCGACGUUCUCAAUCCGGUGGAGAGAUCUGGACGACAUGCUCGACCUCGACAUUGGAGGUUUCGUGUCCAUGGACGGCUGCCCGUAUGGCGGUCGUCUGAUUCGCUCGAAGAGCUACGCGCCCGCAGUCUUCUCGCGUAUCCCGACAUCCCCGACGCUCAGUCGGCCACUGUCAUUUCCCCUCCACUCGCCCAACCACCAGGUUCGAUCGCCCCUCGGUGGAACCAUCGUUCUCGAUGUUCACAUCGUCUCGUCCGGCGAAACGAAGAUCUAUGAGGGCCUUUCAGACUACGCUGCCAAACGACUCUUGUGUUGCUCUCAAGCGCCUAUCCUCACCUCCCUCCUCCCCUCAAGCUCCACUGAAGUAGCAAGUUUGGGCAAACUAGCGACUUUCAUUUUCCACUACCGCACUCCGAACUUCCUUCGGGCGUAUGGUCUCGCGCCGGUUGACCUUCAGCCAUCUUCACAGCAACAGCCAUCGCCGCGAGUGGGCGACAAACGCUCGGCGACGGUGAUGGGAAGUGAUGACCAUGACGACGACGAUAUUGGCCAAGGCUAUUUUUAUCCCGGCAGUAUCGGGUAUUCACCUGCGUCGAGUCCUACAACGCCUUCCCCUGGCCACCGCCCUUCCCAUUAUUCCACCCCUUACAGACCCAGAGAACUGUUAUCAGCCUACACGUCCACUCCUUUAAUCACCAAUCCACUCGUUUCACCCUUGAACUUCCAUCAAGAAACUCGGAUAUCAAAGCGCGCCAGAUGCUGAAACGUUUUGUUACUCCCCAUGGUCCCCGUUGUCGCAUCCAAGUUGUACUCUCUAUCCAUUCCUACCAUUGCUUCCACUUGCAUCCUAAGGGCCAAUCUGUGUUGUUUGGUAAUCUACUCUCUGGCGCUCUCCUCGGUUUUCGUGUAUAAGCAACGGGCUUCGUAUAAUCAG